AUGGAAGCUUUAGGCGAGGCACACAAAGGUGGUUCAGGUGAGGCACUAGGAGCUCAAGGUCUAGGAGUUGAGAGUUUAGCCAUUUUCUCAGGGUUACCAGAAGGUGAAGCAGUAGAAGGUGAAUCAGCAAAAGUGAGGGUCGUAAUUCGUGUUCAAGAUGAAACAGGGUCUGAUCUUUUGUAUUGCUUGACCGACAUGUUAAAGAUGUUACUCAGCGCGGGUAAAAUUGUUUUAGUUGAUGGUGAGAUUAUUGAUGUUAUUGAUCUUAAUGCAGUCACACCAAUAACUACUUCCGUCAAGCGGCCUAUUGAGAUUGUUACCACCACUAAAUCUUUUGAAUGA